UAAACUAAAAACAAAUUUUCUUAUUUCCUUUAUUAUUCGAAAAAAUUCAAAUUCUAUAUGAUUUUCGCCCAAUUCUUAAGUAUUUUUUUCGAACAAGUGAAAAAGCUGUCCCCAUUAAAAAUACUCAAAAUUCCCUUUUUUAUUUCCCUUUAAAUUUCCGGACUUUUUUUUAUUAAAACUUAUAUUAAAAAAGAAAUUUCUUCCAAACAAAAAAUAACCUCUUCCUAUAUAUUGCUAGAUCCUCUUUUUCCGAAUAAAUCCAUUAAAGGUUCCAAAAAUUCACGUGUUCGGAUAUAUAUACGAUCUUACUUUUCCAAAGAAUAACAGUUUUGGAGUAAAGGAAGUGAUAUUUGUUAUAAAAGCUUAAAAUUCUAUAUAUUUUAUGUAUUUUAUUAUGGGUUAUUUAAAAUAUAGGUAGAGAUUUAUAUUAGCUUUUAAUUUAUUAGAUCGUGCAGGCUUUUUUGAAAAUUCCCUUAUAAGAUUUCUUUAGGUGAAUAUUUUUCGCUUAAGAUAUAAAUGAAAUCUAAAAUAUUAGAAGUUGUAGUUAUAAAAGGAGAAGAAGUGAAAA